GUGACAAUUACAAUUAUCAAUAUGGCUGACACUGACAAGUUGAACCAGUUGCUGCUCAAACUUGUGGAAAGACAACCAAAAUUAUUUGAUAUAAGUACUACGGAUGGAAGUAGAGUAGCACAGUCUUACCUGGCAGAGUUUGAUGGUAAUUUAAUCAAGAAGAUAUUAAUUGAUAGGCAGUUAACUACUAAUAAAGAAGAGCAAAAUUAUGUUAAUUUUGUUGACGGAGGUACAUUGCUUCAUUUUUUGUCAUUUGUGGGCUGUGCUGAUUCUUGUGAAUUCCUUUUAAAACAGAAUGCAUUUCCUCAUGCUACUAGCAAGAAUGGUAACUCUCCUCUCCAUGCAGCUGUGUCUAAUAAUCAAACAGAGGUAAUACGUGUCCUCAGAUAUCAUCAUGCUGAUGUUUAUGCUGAAAAUGAGUUUGGUAAAACUUCUCUCACCAUUGCCAAUGAAAAUGGUGAUGAUGAAGCCAAGGAAGCUUUGCUAAGUGUGCGCUUUUCUUCAGAAGAGGUUGAGACUGAGUUUCUUCAAGAAAAACUUCCUCCAUUGGUAGAGAAAGUUUUGUCCACUAAGAUUGAUGCCUCUGAGCAGGAGCACUGUUUAAUGUGUCUUCGUGCUGAGAUUAGAGUUGCCACUAGUUCAAUGACAUCUGUACCAAAACCAUUAAAGAUGUUACGAGAGUUUUAUCAGCAGUUGAAAGAUUCUUAUGAGUCAAUGGAUACUGCAAGAACAAAGAGCAAAAAAUUACUAGCAGACAUCAUAUCUGUUAUAGCAAUGACAGUGGAUGAUCAAGAGAGAGUUUGUUUAAGCUACCGUCUUCUCGGGAGCCAGGAAUCUGUAUCCUCAUUUGGCCAUCCUUAUAUUCGCAGACUCUGUUAUCAGAUACCACAGGAAUGGAGCAAUGAUAAACCAGACGAUCAAUUAUAUCAGCUUGUUGUUGAUAUUGUUCAGUAUUGUUUGGAACAUAACGCUGAAGCUGAAGCAUGUGAUUUACUGAUGGAAAUGGAUUGUAUUAAUGAAAUUGUUAAAUAUGUGACUGAAAGCAUUUAUGAGAGGGUUUGCCUGUACCUUACAAGCUGUGUGAAGUACGUUCCUGAACCAGAGGAUUCAACUAUUUUAAAAACUUCAUUGCAAAUCUAUCAAAAAUUUCACCAGUAUCCUCAUGCCUUGAGGCUAGCACUCAUUCUUAAUGACUCAGAUGAGAUAAGAAGAAUAUUUUUGGAGUGCCCUGACAAGCUUGUUCAAAAACAGUUGGCAUUCAUGUUAGGAAGACAACAAGUUUAUUUGUAUCUAGAGGAAGAAGACGACUGCCCUGAUGCUGAUGAUCUUCAUGAGAUAAUGGCUAAUGCUCACUUGAAUACUAACUUCUUGAAUCUUGCUAGAGAGUUGGAUAUAAUGGAGCCCAAAGUACCUGAAGAUAUCUACAAGACACAUUUAGAGCAUUCCAGGUUUAGUACUGCUCAGCCUGUUGACUCAGCUCGGGCUAAUCUUGCAAGUUCCUUUGUUAAUGGUUUUGUAAACUGUUCGUUUGGAGUUGAUAAACUGUUAACUGAAGAGGGCAACAAGUGGCUGUAUAAAAACAAAUCAUUUGGCAUGCUCAGUGCUACUGCUUCACUGGGGCUGGUUUUACUAUGGGAUGUUGAAGGAGGUCUCACACAAAUUGACAAAUUUCUUUAUUCUGGGGAAGACUACAUUAAGGCUGGUGCAUUAUUAGCUUGUGGUAUUGUGAAUUCUGGAGUGAAGAAUGAAUGUGAUCCAGCAGUUGCCCUCCUAUCAGAUUAUGUACUCCAUGAAUCUAAUACAAUGAGAUUAGGAGCUGUUAUUGGGUUGGGUUUAGCCUAUGGUGGGUCAAACCGUAAUGAUGUACUUGAAAUGCUAAGUCCAGUCUUUAGUGACCCCAAUUCAUCGUUUGAGGUUAUUUGCUUAGCAGCUCUUUCUAGUGCAAUGAUUGUAAUUGGUACUUGUCACAGUGACCUUGCUGAUACCAUUAUCAGUAUAAUGAUGAAUCCUGAUCAUGAAUCAGAUCUCUCCACUACACAUUCUCGUUAUUUAGCUCUUGCUCUAGGCCUCUUAUAUCUUGGUAAACAAGAUGCUGUUGAUGUGUGCUAUGCUGCUAUUGCUGUUGUACCCAAACCUUUCUGUGCUUUUGCUUCAGUUUUGCUUGAUAUAUGUGCUUAUGCUGGCACUGGAAAUGUAUUAAAGAUUCAGUCAUUGCUACACUUGUGUAGUGAAUAUUAUGGAGAGGACAAAGAGAGUGAAGAGAAAGGUGAAGCUACUUCUGCUACUAAAAAACCUGCUGCUGAAGAUACUGAAGCUGCUUCAGGUGCUACUGCGACUGAGAAAACUGGUAAAGGGGAAAAAGGCAAAGAUGACAAAGGAGGAAAGAAAGUGGUUGAACCUGGUUCAGUUGAUGAACCUGGGGCGCAUCAAGCAUUAGCUGUUCUAGGCAUUGCAAUUAUUGCAAUGGGGGAAGAUAUUGGAGCUGAAAUGGCUUUAAGGACAUUUAAUCAUUUGUUGCGUUAUGGUGAGCCAGUGAUACGAAGAUCUGUUCCAUUGGCAUUAGCUCUUAUCUCUACUUCAAAUCCUGAGCUGACCAUUCUGGACACAUUAAGCAAGUUUUCUCAUGAUUCAGAUUCAACUGUUGCUCGUAAUGCUGUCUUUGCAAUGGGACUACUUGGCUCUGGGACUAACAAUGCUCGUUUAGCAGGGCUCUUACGUAAUCUAGCACAAUUUUAUCACAAGGACCCAUUAGAUCUAUUUAUGGUUCGUCUGGCACAGGGACUGACUCAUUUGGGUAAAGGAACGUUAACUCUAAAUCCAUUUCAUUCUGAUCGUGGACUGAUGACUUUGGUAUCUAUUGCUGGCUUACUGACAGUGACCAUUGCAAUGCUAGACUCUUCUAAUAGCAUACUUGGUACUGGUCACUACAUGCUGUACUAUUUGACUCCUGCUAUCCAACCAAGAAUGCUUGUUACUUUUGGUGAGGCUCUUCAGCCGAUUAGUGUUUCAGUCAGGGUUGGGCAGGCUGUAGAUGUUGUAGGUCAGGCUGGUAAACCAAAGAGUAUCACUGGUUUUCAGACCCACACCACACCUGUAUUGUUGGCACAUGGAGAACGUGCUGAGUUAGCCUCUGAGGAAUAUGUAUCAUUGACACCAAUAAUGGAAGGGUUUGUAAUAUUGAAGAAGAACCCAGCAUACAUUGAAGACUAAUAACUAGUUCAUGAUACAAUACACAGCAUUUCAGUUUAAUUAUUUUGGAAUGGGUAUACCAUACUCUCUCUUGCAACA